AUGUCGGUGCCUUUACUCAAGAUUGGAGUCGUCCUGAGCACCAUGGCCAUGAUCACCAACUGGAUGUCGCAGACGCUGCCGUCCCUGGUGGGGCUGAACACCACCAAGUUAACCGCAGCCUCGGGGGGCACCUUGGACAGGAGCACGGGGGUAAGUGUGUUGCCUACCAACCCAGAGGAAAGCUGGCAGGUCUACAGUUCUGCCCAAGACAGCGAGGGACGGUGUAUAUGCACAGUGGUGGCUCCCCAACAGACGAUGUGCUCACGUGAUGCCAGGACAAAGCAGCUGAGGCAGCUCUUAGAAAAGGUGCAGAAUAUGUCUCAGUCAAUAGAGGUAUUGGACAGGCGAACUCAAAGAGACUUACAAUAUGUAGAGAAGAUGGAGAACCAGAUGAAGGGGUUGGAAUCGAAAUUCAAGCAAGUGGAAGAGAGUCACAAACAACACCUGGCAAGACAGUUUAAGGCAAUAAAAGCGAAAAUGGAGGAACUUAGGCCUUUGAUACCAGUGUUGGAAGAGUACAAAGCCGAUGCAAAAUUGGUAUUGCAGUUUAAAGAGGAGGUCCAGAAUCUGACGUCAGUUCUAAACGAACUCCAGGAGGAGAUUGGCGCCUAUGACUACGAAGAGCUUCAGAACAGAGUGUCAAAUCUUGAAGAAAGGCUCCGUGCAUGCAUGCAAAAAUUAGCUUGUGGGAAGCUGACAGGAAUAAGUGACCCAGUCACAAUAAAAACCUCUGGAUCAAGGUUUGGAUCAUGGAUGACAGAUCCUUUAGCUCCAGAAGGUGAAAACAAGGUCUGGUACAUGGAUAGCUACCACAACAACCGCUUUGUCCGAGAGUACAAAAGCAUGUCGGAUUUCAUGAAUACAGACAAUUUCACCUCUCACCGUCUCCCUCACCCCUGGUCUGGCACCGGCCAAGUGGUCUACAAUGGCUCGAUCUAUUUCAACAAAUACCAAAGCCACAUAAUCAUCAGGUUUGACUUGAAAACAGAGAGCAUCCUCAAGACUCGCAGCCUGGAUUAUGCUGGCUACAACAACAUGUACCACUACGCCUGGGGUGGCCAUUCUGACAUUGACCUCAUGGUGGAUGAAAACGGCUUGUGGGCUGUCUAUGCUACCAAUCAAAACGCAGGGAACAUUGUUAUUAGCAAGCUGGACCCCAACACCCUGCAGAGCCUGCAGACCUGGAACACCAGCUACCCGAAACGCAGCGCCGGCGAGGCCUUUAUCAUCUGCGGUACGCUCUACGUCACCAACGGGUACUCAGGAGGAACCAAGGUGCACUAUGCUUACCAGACCAAUGCCUCCACUUACGAGUACAUUGAUAUCCCAUUCCAAAACAAAUACUCACACAUUUCCAUGUUAGACUACAACCCGAAGGACCGAGCCCUCUACGCUUGGAACAACGGGCAUCAGAUACUUUACAACGUCACCCUCUUCCACGUCAUCAGGUCUGAUGAAUUGUAG